AUGCGUGUGCGUUGCGUGAGCGAUCUCAAAAGAAUAAGCAUGGAAUACGAGUACGUCUUCUGCCACGGCAACAUUUUUCACAUUCCAGUCGACCAUUUCCGUCUCGAUCUCAUCAGCUGCCAGGAGUGCACAACGCUCGUCGUGCCAAAAGACACAACGAUGAAGGAGCUGACCGAAAUGUACGCGCAGAGGAAUGGCUACGAUUCAUCGAUUGUGAUGAUCACCCGCUUUGGCGAGAUUAUCGACGAUGACGAGACGCCGAUGACGAUCAACUUGAAUCGCCAAGAUGUCCUCACCGUUAAAUUGAAUUUUGAUGAAGAUAACUAG